UAAGCGGACUGCGAAAUCGAAUCACUGCUGGCCCCGGCCCCUGCUUAUGCGUUGUAGGGAUUCUCAUUGGAGUCGAUGUUAGUAUUUGAGGGGAGCCGGCUCGGAUCUGUCGCCCCCUCACCCCUUUCUCCUCCUCCGCCUCCCCCUCAGGGCUCUUCGUGAAAGCAACGAGGCGCCUCAUUCCAUACCGAGAGACCCUCGCCUCCACCGGUUAAGCCUGGAUUCCAUACCGGGACACCCUCGCCUUGUCCCGGCUCGGGGGACGCUGGGGGUGAUGGCCGAGACGAGCGACCUGGACCGGCAGAUCGAGCAGCUGCGCCGCUGUGAACUCAUCAAGGAGGCCGAGGUGAAGGCCCUCUGUGCCAAGGCGCGGGAGAUUCUGGUGGAGGAGAGCAACGUGCAGCGCGUGGACUCCCCGGUCACGGUUUGUGGGGACAUCCACGGCCAGUUCUACGACCUCAAGGAGCUCUUCAAGGUAGGAGGAGAUGUCCCCGACACCAACUAUCUCUUCAUGGGGGACUUUGUCGACCGCGGAUUCUACAGCGUGGAGACUUUCCUGCUCCUACUCGCGCUCAAGGUCCGCUACCCGGACCGCAUCACGCUGAUUCGUGGUAACCACGAGUCCCGUCAAAUCACCCAGGUCCGCUACCCGGACCGCAUCACGCUGAUUCGUGGUAACCACGAGUCCCGUCAAAUCACCCAGGUCCGCUACCCGGACCGCAUCACGCUGAUUCGUGGUAACCACGAGUCCCGUCAAAUCACCCAGGUCCGCUACCCGGACCGCAUCACGCUGAUUCGUGGUAACCACGAGUCCCGUCAAAUCACCCAGGUCCGCUACCCGGACCGCAUCACGCUGAUUCGUGGUAACCACGAGUCCCGUCAAAUCACCCAGGUCUACGGCUUCUACGACGAGUGCCUCCGCAAGUACGGCUCCAUCGCCGUGUGGCGCUACUGCACCGAGAUCUUCGACUACCUCAGCCUCUCGGCCAUCAUCGACGGCAAGAUCUUCUGCGUGCACGGAGGGCUGUCGCCGUCCAUCCAGACGCUGGACCAGAUCCGUACCAUCGACCGUAAGCAGGAGGUGCCACACGACGGGCCAAUGUGUGACCUCCUGUGGUCCGAUCCAGAGGACACGACAGGCUGGGGCGUGUCACCCCGCGGUGCUGGCUACCUGUUUGGCAGUGACGUGGUCGCGCAGUUCAAUGCGGCCAAUGAGGUGGACAUGAUCUGUCGCGCCCACCAGCUCGUCAUGGAGGGCUACAAGUGGCACUUCAACGAGACUGUCCUCACCGUCUGGUCCGCUCCCAACUACUGCUACCGGUGCGGGAACGUGGCGGCCAUCCUGGAGCUGGACGAGCACCUCCAGAAGGACUUCACCAUCUUUGAGGCGGCACCGCAGGAGUCACGCGGCAUCCCCUCCAAAAAACCCGUGGCCGACUACUUCCUGUGACCUCACUUCCUCUCCCCCCUCCCCGCGGCGUCACUUCC